AUGAUUAUUGAGGCCAUUGACUUGAGUGUGGCGCUGACCGAAGAAGCAAUCAGGUUAGGCAAAUUCUCGAUAUCUGAAACAAAGAAGAAAGAGACUCAUGUGGAGUCAUCUGGUGAGAACAAGAGAAAAUUUACCAAUUUUAAGAAGGGUACUCGGGCGAACCAUAACAACAAGACUGAUAAGGGAAGAAGAUAUGGAAAAUGUGAUAAUUGUGGCAAAGUGGGCCAUGACAAGGAGACGUGUUGGCGUGGUACUGGACGUGGAAAUGGAGGUCAAGAUGGUAGCGGAAAUCGCGGAGGAAACAACUACAACAACAACUACCAAGGUGGAAAUGGUGACGAUCAAGGGCGUGGUCAAGGGUGUUUUAACUGCGGUGACGUGGGGCAUCUCAGGAAGUAUUUCUCUAAAAACAAUCAGGUACGUGGAAGAGUGUCCAACAUCGGAGCUAGGGAAGCACGCCAGGAUCCAAACGUGGUUACCGAACUAGCUAAUGGGAAGCUGGUAGAAGCCAAAGGAGUGAUUAGAGACUAUGUUAUAGAGCUUGGAGAGCGUGAGUUUUCGAUAGAUCUUCUGCCAGUUGAAUUCGGAAGCUUCGACGUCGUAGUUGGGAUGGAUUGGUUGUCGAGUAAUCGUGCAGAGAUUGUAUGCCAUGAGAAGGUUUUCCACAUCCUGAUGGCGAAGGAAGAGAUGAUCGUGAUUCAUGAGGAGAAGGAGGAUACGCCCCUACGGAUUAUUAGUUGUUUGAAGGCACGGAAGUUUUUGCGUAAAGGAUGUGUUGCUUUCUUAACUCAUGUCGUUGACAAAGAGGCCGAAGAACCGAAGUUCGAAGAUAUCCCCGUGGUAAGGAAAUAUGCUGAAGUCUUCCCCGAAGACUUCCAGGAUUACCUCCUCAACAACAAGUCAGAUCCCACAUUGACUUGGUUCCAGGCGCCGCACCUAAAGCCAAGGCACCCUACCAACUUGCGCCUUCAGAGAUGCAGGAGUUAUCAACGCAGCUUCAGGAGUUGUUAG